UUCUUCCUCCUAUACGCCUGAGAAACUGCUACACUCUGUGUUCUCGAAGAGCACUUGAAUUUUCGAAGAGACCUAGAUCUGAUCUAAUCCGAUCCGCCAUGGAAGAGAAGAAGGUAGAAUCGACGAAGAAGGAUGUUAAGAAGGUCAAUCUAUUGGACCACAACUCCAUCAAACACAUGCUCGACGAGUCCGUCUCCGAUAUCGUUACGAGCCGUGGAUACAAGGAGGACGUGAGGUUGAGCAACAUGAAGCUGAUCUUAGGGACGGUUAUCAUCGCGGUUGCUCUCGUUGCACAGUUCUACAACAAGAAGUUUCCGGAGAAUAGAGAUUUUCUUAUUGGAUGCAUUGCAUUAUAUCCUUUCUUUUUGAAUAUCAAAUCUGUGAUGAAUAAGAUGUGUGGGUUCUUUGACUAUAUGGUAACGUAUGUAGUGUUGAAUGGGGUGAUGCAGCUGAUUAUGUACACCAAGGAGAAGAAUGCUAUAUUGUUCACCUAUCCUCUUGAGGGAUCAUUCACCAGCACUGGCUUAGUUGUCUCUUCAAAGCUGCCGAGGUUCUCUGAUGAGUACACUCUCACCAUUGACAGUGCUGAUCCAAAUUCAAUCUCAGCUGGGAAGUCAGUCCAAUUCACCAAAAGUGUCACCCAAUGGUUUACGAAAGAGGGAGUUCUUGUUGAGGGUUUGUUCUGGAAAGACGUGGAAGCAUUAAUCAAGGACUAUGCAAAAGAAGAACCAAAGAAGAAGAAAUGA